AGACCCAGGGGGCGCGGCAGUAUUUUUAAUCUGACCACAGAACCUGUCAGCUUACUCUUGCUUCCUCUAAGACAGUUCAUAUAUUUCCUCACAAUAGUUCCUUGAUGUGAGAGUUGCAAUAGAGAAGUGCUCUGUGUAGCAGCGUCAGAAGUGCCACAGCCCGGAAACCUAAGGCUUGACAACCCCACUCCAUGACCGGUGGACAAGGACCUUUGUGUCCUGACAUGCCUGUUAAAGGUGCCCCAUCCCAGGCAGUGUACAGCCAGCCAUGGAGCAGCAGGCCUGGAUACUGAGGAGCUUCCUGGACCAGCAGGAGAGGCUGGAGGCUGUGGACCAAGAGGCAACGAAUGCCAUCGCUGGGGAGUUUGGGAGGUUGAAAAGUCAGUCCAUAAAGUACCGCACUGACAAGACCUACACCACCAAGGCAGCGGAAAAGCAGGAAAACAUCAAGAAGAACCGAUACAAGGACAUCGUCCCCUUUGACCACAGCAGAGUAAAGCUCAGUCUCGCCACCUCUAAAAACAGCACAGAUUAUAUCAAUGCCAAUUUCAUCAAGGGAGUGACGGGUUCCAGGGCCUACAUUGCCACUCAGGGUCCCCUACCUCACACAGUGCUGGACUUCUUGAGGAUGAUUUGGGAAUAUAACAUAGAGGUCGUUGUGAUGGCCUGUCGAGAAUUUGAGAUGGGAAAGAAAAAAUGUGAGGUCUACUGGCCACAAAACCAAGAGGAGACAUUCGUCUGUGAGCCUUUUACAGUUUACUGUGAUUCUGAGGAAAGCAAAGGAGACUAUUUGACAAGGACGUUAAGGAUGACUUACCGCAACUGUAGCCGAACUUUGAAACAGUUGCACUAUGUCAACUGGCCAGAUCACGGUGUACCAGACACCAUUCCUCCCAUUCUGGACAUGUUGCAUGAAAUGCGCUCCUAUCAGGACCAUGAUGACAUCCCUAUCUGCAUCCACUGCAGUGCUGGCUGUGGUAGAACGGGAGCCCUGUGUGCCAUUGAUUAUACCUGGAACCUCCUUAGGAGACAGAUGAUCACUUCAGAUUUCAGAAUCUACGAUUUAGUUCAAAACAUGAGAACUCAGAGGCCGUCGGUGGUUCAAACGAAGGAACAAUAUGAGCUGGUCUACAGAACCAUCAAGUUCCUGUUUCAGAGAUAUUUGCAGACCAUGGAUACGCAGACCUGCCAAAAUGAGGUGGUCCCAUCUGCUCUCAAUGAAAGUGAAUUCUCAUACCUGACCGAGGACUAUGACUUGAUGCAACAAUUCCAGCACCUGCUUGAAGAGGAGAGGCAGGCGUUACCUCAGUACUACACUGCCCUGCCUUCUGCUCCGAACGCGAGUCUUAUUGACUUGAGGGCUGAGGCCAUGCAGUGGGACCAACAGCAGUGGCAGCUAAUCCAGACCCUACCCGAGGCCACCAGAGCCCCUGCAGUAGAGGAGAAGAUACAGGAGAGCAAGGACGUGCCAUCAGCGAGCCUUCCACCCUCGUCCGGUGUGGCAGCGGCCGUUUGCAUGAUGGUGGAGGACCCCUACUUUGACACUCCUAUCAGCUCCCCUUCUUCAGGGGCGGCAUCCGUGGACCACGUUGAAGAGAGCGACGCCUGGACAUUUAGCCCAAUCUUCACUGCGCCCACAUUGUGUCUGAAUGACCUGGUUCUGGAACCUGCCUCAGAUGCUGUUGCAGUAGGUGGCGAUGAAGACGCGCCUCCGCCACUGCCUGAACGAACCCCUGAAUCCUACGUGCUGGAUGUGAAUGCAGCGCUCUCGGAUCCAAAUGAAAGGCUUAUCAUUCCACCCAAUGCUGCAGCUGAGCCUGUCAGGGAGUUGGGAGGCAGCCCCCCCUCACCUGUCCCCCCACUCCCCGAGAGAACCCCGGAGUCAUAUGAGUUGGCUGUCGAUGAAGCUGCUGUGGAGCAGAGGUCAAACGUCACGCCAUCCGUGAGACAGCACAAAAUAGGGAUGUCUUCCGAAUGGUCUGGAAACUCACUAGUGGCUGCCAACCCACUUCCGAAUGGAUCAAAGGACUUUGUGAGGAGUAAGAGUCUGAAAGUAAAAAUGACCUUCACAGCUGCAGCCCCAGACACACAUCUUGAUCUCGCAUCAAAUGCGACUCCAGACCUCCGCCCCUACUGUCCACCUCUGGACCCACAUCCUCCUCAAAUUGAGGACAGCCUGGAGCCUCCCCUUCCAGACAGAACCCCCGAGUCUUUCAUCAUCCCCACAGAGGAAACAACAACAAGAAACCUCUCGGCGAGGGUGGGCAUGUCGUCCGAGUGGGACGGCACUGCCCAGCCCAAGACGUUCCUCGAUGGCGUCAUGAACAGGAGCAAGAGUGUUCGAGCUAAAAGCACAAGACAAGAGCCCCUCACUGCACUUCAGCCGCACGCUCCGCCCCCUGUGGUUGUAGCUGGAGGAGGAAGUGUGGAACGGCUCGACGUGAACCACAGAGCCCCUCUGAACGCUGACAAAUCAGGAAACAAAUUAGACAAAAGCACAGAGAAGUCCAUGUCUAGAACAAAGAGUCUUAAGUUUUUUAAACACAAACAAAAGCCUAAAACCCCCCCUCCACCGCCUCCUACUCAACCUGGAGCACCAGCUCCGUCACACAGCGCCUUAUCUUCAAUGUUCAAAUUCGGAUUUGGGCAGCGUUUUGCAAAGCCAAAAGGCCCCAGGAGUUAUCCAGAGACCUGGGUCUGAGGCCGCUUUCUCUAUACACGUAAAAGAGGAGCUUUUCUUCUAAUGCUGGCCAAUAUGAUACAUUGCAUUGCAAAAAAGACUUGGAGUUUUUUUUUUUUUUUUUUUUACACAAGUUUUUCCAGCAGAAGAUUGUCCACGGCAAUAAAGGUCGCUGCUUUUGUCUUGGGGCCGACUGACAAUCCAAGGAGCGUCAGGAGGCGUGCAGUAGCACCACCAAGAGGACAAACAGGAAGUGCCUUGUAACCUGCUCUGGUCUGUUCAAGCAGGUCACACUGUGGAUUUUAAUCGCUGAACAGUCCCUCAUUGAACACCAGGGCGCAACCACUCGAGCGUUGAAAAAUUCAGCGGCUCAAAUCAGCCUGGAGAAUAAUUUGUUUGCAGAAGUUAGCAGUCUACAGCGAGACACUUCUUGUUUUAAUGCUCGAAGCGAUGCUGUUAAACUCGGCGCACGGGGAAUUUAUUUAGAUAUGCACUGUGUGUGCCUUUGAUGCUUGAAAUAAGAAAAUCAGGUAUAGCAUUUUAUCUCGGUCCCUCCGGGUUGUUCUUUCUGUUAAAAAAAAAAAUUAUUUAGUGUUCCUUGCAGGUCACACCCUGGAAUGUAAUGCAUAUUGAUUAUGCAUGUGAGUUGUGGUUAAAUGGUAUUACAUACACUGGUAACAUACAAAAUUAUUUAUUAAAAAAUAUCAAAAGUC